ACGUUUCCUACAGUUUCUAAAGGCAGCAUCAGCUGCGCCUGCUGUGGCACGCCUCGGCUUAGGUAGGCCCGUUUAAUCAGCCCAAACUUUGCAAGGACGGGCAGAGUUGUGCAUUAGUCUGGAGCCACCUGUUUUUUCUAAACUAUUGCAAAAUGGGGAAAGUGGCCGUCGUCUCGAUUGUAAUAGCUGCGUUAGCGGCGCUGCUGGGAGAGAGGAUCUUAAACUUGAGGAAAAAGACAUUGGCCUCAAGGGAGUUGGUCCAAAAUCACCUCCCCAACUGUGUUGCACUCAAAAAUCUUGAUUUUGGCUCCGAGGAUAUAACGAUCCUUGAAAACGGACUAGCCUUCAUCAGCACUGGUUUAAAGUAUCCUGGACUGCCAUCCUCAAAUAAAAUAGGAAAGAUCUACACCCUUGAUAUGAAAGAUCCUCGGAUGAAACCAGGGGAGCUGCGCAUGCCAAGAAACUUUGACCUGGAGUCGUUCAACCCUCAUGGCAUCAGCGUAUACGUCGAUCCAAGUGAUGACGCAAUAUACCUGUUUGUCGUAAAUCAUCCUCAGCACCAAAGCCAAAUAGAGCUGUUUAAAUUCAUUGAGGACGACCACUCACUGGUGCACCUGAAAACUGUAAAACAUGAACUUCUCUACAGUGUAAACGACAUUGUGGCUGUGGGACUAGAGAGCUUCUAUGCCACCAAUGAUCACUACUUUAACCAUGAAAUCCUCAAAGGUUGGGUGGAGCUUCUUCUGGGUCAGCCUUGGACUAACGUUGUGUACUACAGUCCAGAGGAAGUAAAAGUGGUCUCAGACGGAUAUUACUUUGCAAAUGGCAUUAAUAUCUCACCGGACAAAAGGCAUAUAUAUGUGUCCGAUCUAUUUGACCACACCGUGCAUGUUUUGGAGGUGAAAGAAGACAAUGCAUUGGUCUCUGUGAAGGCUGUGUCUGUGGGUUCACUCUGUGAUAAUGUGGAGGUGGACCCUGAAACUGGGGACCUGUGGUUAGGUUGUCACCCUAAUGGAUGGAAGAUUUACAUGGGAGGCCCCGAAGACCCAGCUGGAUCAGAGGUCAUCCGAAUCCAGGACGUUCAUUCUGACAAGCCCGUGGUGACUCCAGUGUACUCUGACGACGGCCAUGUGAUCAUUGGCUCUUCCGUAGCAGCUACCCAUGGGGGGAAGUUGCUCAUUGGCACGGUGUUCCAUAAAGCCCUGUGCUGUGAUUUGAAGUAGGCAAUUACUGCUGGAAAAAUUACUGACCCCCCUUUGUGAAUUAGACAAGGUUACGUUCAUUUGAAUGACAAUAUAUACAUGAAUAUUACAGCACUGGUUUAAGGGGAGGUACAGUGCCUGGAAAUCUAAAAGGAUGAUGGAUCAAUUUAUAUUUACAUGGUUUAACUGGAUACAGCCUUCUUGUAUUGUAUGGCUUUUACAGCAUAUUUGAAGGUGGUUUCAAACACAGAAGUCACUGAACUACACAGAUAAUUGAACCGCUAAUAAGUUGCUGUGUAUCAUAAAAAUAAUAUUUUUCACAGGUCACCUGAAAAUGUGAGACCUCUGUACUGGAUUGUAUGGAACUGAUUUUUUUUUUAAUCCAAUAAAACACAAAGUCUUGUA